CAGGGCGAUGCGUACAAUAUGAGCCAGUCAUCAGGAAGCGGUCUGUUCGUCUCUGCCGUUUUAUCUUGGAUUCCAUUUUCUGUAGAAUUUAACGAACUCUGUGCCUCAUUUCUCCAUAAAAAGAUAGCGUCUUCUCAUUUCUCAUGCUUCUUCUGCUUCCUCUCUACCCGCUUGACACUCUACAGUAAAAUAUGGAAAGAGAAUCUGAGGGUAGAGGAAGAGAUGGGUCUGUUAAAGCAGCCCGUGAGAUAUACGGGGAGAGGAGUUUUAAUGGCAGUAGUCCUUCGCUGAUGAAAACGCAGAUGGAUUUCCCAGAGUCAUCAUCAAGAGCAAGAGAACUUCAUAGGGCAAGGAGGGAUAUUAAUGGAUACAAAGAUGGAAGAAGAGUUGCAGAGAUGGUGAAAAGCCAAGCUGAGCAUGAGCUAUACUAUGCAAAGAAGACGGAGAAGGAUCUAUCUUCUUUGAUUGAGGAAUCAAGCUCAAAAUCAAAAACACAAUGGAGAGAUUUUCAGAAGCUUACGAGGUCGGGAAGGCGCGAAGAAGCUGGAAACAACGAAAGUUACAGGUAUUCAGAAGUGAUGCGAGAAUUAGAGAUUGUGAAGCGAGAAUUGAGUAAACUCAAGCUUGAAAUGGCUACUGUAAUGGAAGACAAAGUAAGGGCAGAGAAGGAAUUUGAGACCUCAAGCUUGAAAAUGUGGUCCAAUUCAAGCUCUAUAGAGAUACUGAGGAAGCAGAUAGAGGAAGCCAAUGAAGAGCAGGUGCUCACAGAAUUAGCAAGGAUUGAGGCUUUGAAGGAAUAUACAGAGAUUGAAGCUCAAAGAGAGAAGGAAGCCAAUGGGUUCUCAUUUGCAAUGGAGGAAACUAAGAAGAGAAUGAAUGAUGUUCUUGAAGAGUUGGACAAGUCAAAAGAGGUUAAAAAUAGAUUGGUUGUAACUUUGUCUGAUAUUAAUGUGCUUCAGAAUGAGCUAAAGCAUGUUAAGGAUCAAGUGGAGAGAAAGGUUGAUAAUGAUAGCUUCAGGAAAUCUCAUGACAGUUCCGAAAGAGGAGUGGAAUUGCUUGCUUUGCCAUUGUUGAAGUCUGUUAUGGAGGAGUUAGAAGAGGCUAAGAAAGAAUUGGAUUCUAUUAAAGAAGAAGGGUUUCAGUUCAUGGCUUCCAUGGAUGUCAUAAGAAAUGAGCAGAAGCAUGUAAGAGAAGAAACUGCCCGGAUAAAGAAAACCGAAGAAAUGGUGAAUUCAAAGGUCCAAAAUAUGAACUCCAAGUUGCUGAGAGCAAAAUCCAAGUUGGCAGCAGUAUCUGCAGCUGAGGAGAAGGCUAAAUCAAUUGCAACCAAUUUGUCCCUCACUCUUGACCAGUUGAAAGCAGAAGCAGAAGCUGCAAAGAAAGAGAAAGCACUUGUUGUUGAAGAAACUGCAGCCAUCAAGGCAGAAAUACAGAAAGCUGAGUCUGAAAUUGAUGUGGUUGAGGAAAGAUUGCAGGCUGCAAUGAAUGAGCUUGAUGCAGUUAAGUCAUCUGAAGCAUCGGCAUUUGAGAAGCUAAAAUCUCUUAUUGACAAAACAGUGCAAGCUAGAGCUGCUUCUGCAUCUCAACAUAGUUCCACAAUCAUCAUCUCCAAAUUCGAAUAUGAAUAUCUGAAAGGACAUGCUGGUGGAGCUGAAGAAAUUGCUGAUAAAAAAGUUGCAGCAGCUCAGGCAUGGAUUGAAGCAUUGAAGGCAAGUGAGAAGGAGAUUGUGAAGAAAACUGAAAUGACUCUGAGGGAAAGUGGACAGACCAGGGUGGAGGAAGAGAACAAUGUGUAUAGAACAGAAAGAUCACUUUCUGCAAAGAGAAGGGUGGAGGGGGAGAUGCAGAAUUGGAGACAGAAACGUGAGAGGAACAGUGAAGCUGAAAACAAGCAUGCAAGAAUUUCAAGAAAAUCUACAAAAAGCAGUGAGAAAAUAACUCCAACUAGACAAGGAAAGUUUCGAAAAUCUGCUUCGCCAGCAACUCGGGUGACUCCUACUUAUUUCACUAUCAAGAAGAAAAGGAAAAUGAUGCCAAGUUUAGCCAAGAUCUUUAGUGGGAAAAAAGGAUUUGACUGUGUAUCGGGAGGAGUCCAUGUGGCAAAUAACUUUGAUGAUCCGUGUGAAAGAGUUUUAAGGGGUUGACUACUCAAUCUUGGUUUGACUCUUUUUUGUUGUACAUUUGUAAUGUAUGAACAGAGAGUUCAAUCACAGGUUUCCUUUCUGGUUCUUUCUGCA